AUGGAGUCCCGGGCUAAAUAUCUCAAUGAGCUGAUGUUCGCGAUCAGAAGUUCAACGGACGACAAUGCGAAACUUGAUCUUUUCGCGUCAAAUGCAGCCGCAUCAAGCGAUCCCAAAUCGUUGAAAAUUGUGACUAUUCUAGUUCAAAACCUAGCAACACCUCUCACAUCUAGCGAUGUGUUUUCUAAAUCCUUAAACGCACUCGAUCUGCUACUGCGAAAAAAACCACAUCUUCUAAGUUGUUCCUUGGAUCCGAGCAGCGAUAAUAAAGACGCCGGCGUUUUUUGGCUUUUCAAGCGCCUCCUGCACAUUGCAUGUGUUCAUUGGGAAUCGCACUCAUAUCAGUACGCGAUAAAACAGAAAAUAGGGAGCUGGUGUUACCUAUUUACCACAUUUGCUGGUCCAGAUAGUAAAACGAUUCUCUCCCGUCACAUUUUUGGCCAAUUAGCUGGACUGGAGGCCCAAAUCACUAGCGUUUUCAGUGCAUCGCAGGACGUGCAUACAUUCUCAAAUUCGUGCAAACAGCUGUAUGUUCUCUGUGACUGGUGUAACCAACGCGAUCUACAAAAAAGCGUUCCUUCAAUUGACACCUCCCUCGAGGCAAACCGAUGGGACAACUAUUUUCAGAGAAUUAUGCGAAUAGUUUUCUACGUCCUGGAUUGUGUUGAUGUCGAGCAAUCGGUUCUACUUGAGUUGAAAACAAAGUUUUUAUCACUGACCGUAAACUACGCCGUUACUCGCGGUUCUAAGUUCUGUCGCCUACGGCGAAAGGUGUUUUCCGAUACAGCAUUUAAAUUUGCUACGGAGGCCACCGUCAAUUUCAUCUCCACCAAUGCGCCCUUUUUGCAAGCUGAUGGUGAUAAGGCCCUAGCAAAGGCAAUACUGCGUCUUUAUUUGAGUGUCGCAGCAGAAGUCUCAGCCAUACAGCUAUUUUCACAUUUCACGCCGUUCGAGAAGUUUUAUCAUGCUAGUGAACCUUUUCCUGCUUUGAAGCCCUUCACGAAAAAGGCCUUGAUCAUAGCUUUUUUCGACAUAAGGAGAAAGGAAAGAGCUGAAAAGAGAUUGACGGAUGAUGCAGAGUCACUAGAGUUCAAUAGAGAGCAUUUCAAAGAUUUGCAAAGCGUUGCACUUGCUCCAUACACUCAAAGUCCUCAACUAGAGGCUCUAAGAAAGUCAAUAAUCAAUGAUUCGUUUUCACUGGUUUCGAACGCAGAUGCGAAGAACUACACUCUUAUGAGCUUGAAGCUCGAAAACACUUCUAUUGAAAUUCUGCUUAAGGAUUUACAGACAGUCAUAACAAAGAGCAUGCAGCAGAAUAAUUUCCGAAGCUUGAUCUAUGCGGUGCAGCUAUUAGGGAAGAUUUCCUGCUGCGAGUCGAACGACAUAAAAGGCCUUGGGGGAUUAUGGGAACCUUGUGUGAGUUGCGAUAGCACCUUACCGAGCAAGAUUGUGGAAACUGGACAUCGUGGUAAGUCUAGUGCCUCCACUGCUAGUGGAGCUUAUAGACUGAUUUACGAGAAUUUUCUGAGCCAUAACAAUCUGAAUGACUUUGGCGAAGCUCUUUUAGCCGCAAUAAUGAUUGCGCUGCGAAGAAUAUUUACUCAUUUUCGUGCGCCUCCCAUACUACUUGAUAACAAUACAAAAUCGAAUUUGACAAGUCCUUUCGAGCUUUUCAAACGAGUUUCUUCAACACCGAACAGAUACUUGAGACUUCUAGCGGUACCUUUAAUGUCUAGUUGGACUUUUCCCUCCACUGAUGACACAGAAGAUCAACAAUUUACACUUUUAUUAAGUUCCCUGCAGGAUAUCUCAGUUCACUCAACCACGGAAACUCUGCUCAUGUCAUGGGUUCGUUUAACACUCGCCUCUAAUGGGGACAACUUUGACCCAUUGCUUGUCAAAUUAAUCGAUAUUUUCAACUCUGCAAACGUUGCAGAGCGCCAUAUGAUGGCACAUCAACUUCGCUACGUGUCUUGGCUAAAAAGUAAGACUCCUUAUCGACUUUUGUCGCCGAUACUCCCGUUGCUUCUUAAGCAAAUCGGCAAGAAUCUCAAGGAGAAAAUGCUGUCGUUUCAAAGAUUGACUGACUUUGUGGAAUAUCCUGCGAAAACCAUUCUUGAGAACUUCCAGAGGUACAUUGUUCCUUACGCAAUAACGCAGUAUAAAGAUGAUGUCAUAACAGAAAUCUCCAAUAUAAUGUGUGAUUAUAACCGUGGUGAGCUGUCAGCACAAAAAGAUCGACUAUUACGAAAAAACAGUCGUCAAAUAUUUGCUGUUGCUCUUGUCAAACAUAGCUUUUACUCUAUCGACAUUUUGGAGUCCCUAUUUACCAAUUGUCUACCCACGUUUGAAAAGUCUUUCGUUGCGGCCUACUUACCUGAUUACAAGACCCUCGCUGAAGUUUUAAAACUAUUCAAAAAUCAAAGUGAUACCAAUGUUUCCAAGAGUGAUAAUGAGAACAUGAUUCUUUGUUCCUUGCGGUAUCUGCUCACCAAACUUGGCUCCGAAAAGCGCCGCGUUUCAAAGCUCAAAUUGUUAAGCGAGUGGACGGAUGAUCAAGAGGCGCUUUUCCAAAAAAAGCUGCAAGAAAGCGUCUUGGGCAUAUUCCAGGUGUUUUCGAGCGAUAUGCAUGAUAUUGAAGGGCGUACAACUUACUUUGAAAAGUUACGUGUUAUUAACGGUAUUCACUUUUUGAUCAACAACGCUUCGUCAGAAUGUAUAAUCUCGGCGCUAGCGCAGAUCAGCAUUUGUUUGCAAAGUGGGCAGGAGGUUCCAGAGGUUUGCGAGAAUUGCCUCAAGUGCUGGUUCGAUUUGGUCAAUAGGCUUACUCAAGAGCAGCUAUCUACUGUAGUAGACAGUUUCGUGCCUUUUUUGCUUCAAAACGCCACAUCAUUCAACAACAAGGUAAAGAAAAUUGCUAACGAUAUCAUUAGAGUUCUCGUAAACGAAAAGAAAGACCUUAUCUUGCAAACGCGACCUUACAUUACUUUGGCAUUCGUCAAUGCCACAGAGCUGAAAGUUCUGGAGGAGAAUAGGUCUUUUGCGAGAUCCGUGAAUCGAGUUCUUUACACUACAGACUGGUUCUUAGAGUAUUCAAACAACUUGAAAAGCAAAAACAAGUACUUGGUACGCCAAAGUUUGAUUGACGUGAAGGCUUUGUUACAAAAGAAAGAAUUAGAAGGUCUCCUUAGAGCCUCUUAUCACAACGCCUCACAGACUGACAUUUCUAUUUUAUUAGGAAGUUUGCUUGAUGCUUGCUACAGCUUUCGUAAUGAGGAUGUUGAAUUAUGCGAGCAGUGUACGGCGAUAAUUGGCGUUAUUGGAGUUUUGGAUACUACCAAGCAUCAUCUUCCCAGGUCAACGGCUCACAUGCAAGAGGUAUAUGACUUUAACGAUCACGCACAGACUGUUAAGUUCUUGAUCAACAUAAUGAAUGAGAUUUUGGUGCCAGCCUUUUGGGAAAGCGAAAAUCCCACCAAACAACUUUUUGUUGCGCUGGUUAUGCAAGAAUCCUUGAAAUUCUGUGGACUUAGCUCCUCUUCUUGGGAUAUUCACCAGUCUGAACUUUAUCCCAAUGAAGCGCGACUUUGGAGCAGGUUCAACGAUGUUGCCAAAACGACAUUAUACCCCCUCCGGUCCUCUCUAUACAUGGCUCAAUCCUGGAAAGAGUACUCACCAAUUGAAUAUCCAUCCUUCAAUCCUAAACAAGGAUACAAAACAUGGCUAAAGAACCUCACACUUGAUCUCUUGAAAACGAGCACGGACGAGUCUCACCCGCUGCAUGUGUUUGCUUCACUUAUUAGAGAAGACGACGGUUUCUUAUCAGAGAAUCUGCUGCCUUACAUUGUCAUCGACAUCUUAAUCAAAGCUGAAAAAGGGACGAUUUAUUGCAAUUACGUUGACAACCUUAAACAGGAGUUUAAAUUCAUAUUCGAGUUCGAGCUCUCUUCUUUGAACCGUUAUCAGGUUGAUUCGAUCAAACGCUGCUACGAAAUCUCGUUCAAAGUUUUGGAAUACUGCAAAAAAUGGGUCACUCAGUUCAAGCAGGCUUACAGUCGCAAGCACGCUACUUUCACAAUUCAGGAGCAAAAAUACAUAUUAAUGUUGCAAAGAAUCGAAGCCUUCUUGGAGAUGAACUCUUUUGGGUUGAUGGCGCAAAGAUCACUUGAGACAAAUUCAUUUGAAAGAUCUGCUCUCUAUCUUGAACAGUCUUACAGAGUAAAAGACAAAACAUAUGUUGGGAACGAAAGCCUUCUUGCUUAUAUGCAAAAGACGUAUGCGGAAAUUGGUGACAUUGACGCUGUGGAGGGUGUGCUCAAAGUCUUUUCAACGGGGAGCGUAACUUCUAAGAUUGAGGAACUGCAGUAUUCUCACAAUUGGAAUAUGGCGCAACAAUGUUUUGAGGCGUUGGGCCAGAUAGCCGAACCUGUUGAGAAAUAUGAAAAACUAUGCAUCUCGGGGAAUACAAAAAUGCUUAAAUCAAUGUUUGAUCACCAGCAGUAUGAUCAGGUUGUUCAUAAAUUGAACGUUUUGGCCACUAACCAAAAUGGCAAAGCCAAUGAGUUACCAAUAGAAUGGGUUAGUAUGGGUGUAGAGAGCGCAUAUUUGAGUGGACAGUCCUACGAUCUCCAAAAGUGGAUCGGAGAAAUUGAAAGGAUGGAAAAUGUCAGUGAUCCAAUGACACUGCUGCACUACAACUUUGGUAAAGUUUUGAUAUCUCUAUCUCGGCACGACACUAAUAAGGCACUGAUUUAUACUCAACAAUGUCACAGGAUUAUCGGCUCUAACUUUUUACCACUCUCCAUCAAUACCACUCUACUCAAAAUUCGUGACGUCAUUUUGAGACUGCAUGCUUUGCGUGAUCUCUGGAUUAUUUCAGAUCCGGGUCCAAUACUUCAUUCAACGGGUGAUAAUCAAAUUUUGAAGAAACGCUUAAAGAACAUUGGUGCUGACUUCGAGCCUCGACAUUUCCUCUUGUCCAUUCAAAAGUCUUUCAAUAUUCUCGAAAACCGCGGUCGAGGUAGUGUUCAGCUAGCAGAGAACUAUUUCGAAAUUGCACAGAACUCAAGGAUAAACUCGAGACCUGAUUUGGCUAGUGGCGCUCUGAUUCAUGCUCUCAUCUAUGAUUAUCCGUCUGCGGACUUAGAGUACGCUGAGGUCCUCUGGUUUCAAGGCGAACACGACAAAGCCAUUAAGCUUGUGGCCGAAAUUCAUCAAAAAAUGAUGAGUACUGAAAGUUAUUUACCGCGCGAACGCGCUAGGGUUCUUCUAAAGUACACUGAAUGGAUGGUACUUUCGAAUAACUCUGUCUCCGAGCAAAUAAUAAAGCAGUACAAUGAUGUCAUUCGCAUGGAUUCCGGGUGGAGUGAUCCUUAUUACUCGCUUGGUUUGUAUUUUAGCCGGCUCUUGGAGAAACGCAGUGCUGAGGGCUAUAUUUCAAAUGGGCGGUUCGAAAACAAAUCGAUUUCCUUCUUCCUUCUCUCUUUUGAAAAGGAUGUUUCAAGAACGCGAGAAGCCUUACCUAAGGUGGUAACCUUUUGGCUUAACACGGCAAAUGUCUACGUCACGGAAACCAAUGCCGCGAGAAAAGAAAGUAUCAAAAGAUCAACUGAGGACAUUUGCAAGAAAGUGGAUGCCGCGAUUACACGUUGUCCUAUUUUCAUCUGGUAUUCUGUUUUGACUCAACUGCUGUCACGCUUGCUUCAUUCCCACAAAGACUCUGUUCAACUCAUUAUGAGUAUUCUGCUUAACCUAACCGUGGAAUAUCCAUCUCACAUUCUUUGGUACAUUUCGGUGUUACAAAAUUCAUCUUCGUCCAGUAGAGCCUCGAUAGGGGGACGAAUUGCGGAACUCUUCAAAGGUAAAUUUCCCAACCCCAAUGAACUUGUUAAUUCAUCGGACGAAUUAGUGAGACACUUGACAAAUGUUUGCACCAAGGACGUCAAAUCCUCGAGUGGCAGAUCUGGAAGAUCCUUGGACAGAGAUUUCAGUUUCGACUUGAAGAUAGCUCCUAGUCGCAUGGCUGUGCCCGUCAGUGCUAACCUAGAUAUGCUGAGCCCCACUUCAGCUCAAACUUUGGUGAAAUUCCAACCCUUUCGAAAUCUGAUCUCGAUUGCAAAAAUUGGUUCAUCUUACAAGGUUUUUGCAUCCUUGAAACGACCAAAGAAGUUGAAUUUCAUCGGUUCUAAUGGUAAAAUAUAUGGUAUUAUGUGCAAGAAAGAAGAUGUCAGGCAAGAUAACCAAUAUAUGCAAUUCUCCACAACAAUGGAUUUCUUGCUGAGCAAGGACUUGGCGUCAAGAAGGAGAAAGCUGGGCAUUACGACCUAUGCAGUGGUCUCCUUGCGUGAGGACUGUGGCCUAAUUGAGAUUGUACCGAAUGUUGUCACAUUGCGUUCCAUUCUCGUCACCAAAUAUGAUGGUAUGAAAAUUAAAUACAGUUUAAAGUCGAUGCACGAAAAGUGGCAGACUCUACCCAGCGACCAGAAGCUAGGAUAUUUCAAAGACUUGCUGUCAAGGUUUCCUCCAGUUUUGUUUGAGUGGUUUUUGGAGACUUUCCCUGACGCGAUUGUUUGGUACAAGUCAAGGAAUACAUUUUCAAGGUCCUAUGCCGUUAUGGCUAUGGUCGGACAUAUACUUGGGCUGGGCGACCGUCAUUGCGAAAAUAUUCUUCUGAAUGUAGAGACUGGUAAAAUUCUCCAUGUGGACUUUGACUGCUUAUUUGAAAAAGGGAGAAGACUACCUAUACCAGAAAUCGUUCCUUUCAGAUUAACACACAACCUGGAAGACGCAUUAGGAAUAGCUGGAACUGAGGGCACGUUUAAUAAAUCGAGUCAAGUAACAUUGAAGCUGAUGAGAGAAAAUGAAGUUGCUCUGGUCAACAUAAUUGAAACCAUCUUAUAUGAUCGAAAUAUGGAUCACUCACUCCACAAGGCUCUCAAAGUCGUCCGAAACAAAAUUAGAGGCAUUGACUCUCGUGACGGGUUGGUUUUGAGCGUGGCAGGCCAGGUGGAAACCAUAACUCAAGAAUCAACGUCAGAAGAAAAUUUGAGCAGAAUGUACAUCGGCUGGUUGCCAUUUUGGUAG